AGAAAAUACUUGUCCUCUCAGGAACCCAUCUAUGGAUACGUUGGUGCCUUCAAAUCCAGAUAGAUCUACAGGUGGACCAAUUCCUUGACUUCAUGAGAGGGAAAUCACUUGUUGGACACUUUUUGGCCGCUAUCUACCCAAGUGGAGAUGUCUGAGGAACAUUUGGGGGAAGAAUCGGUCAGCUCCCCUGUCUCUCCUGUGGACAGCCAGAGCAACAGCGAGGGGGAGCAGGACAGUCAGCCGAAGAGGUGUGGGAGGAAGAGGAGACCGAGCAGGAAAAACGGGGAGGACUCAGAUAGCCCGACCCCUGGGAAACGAGGGAAGAAAUCAAACAGCAGCAGCCCCCAGUCUUUCGAGGAUCUCCAGUCGCAGCGGGUCAUGGCAAACGUCCGGGAGCGCCAGAGGACCCAGUCUCUCAACGAAGCGUUCACAUCUUUGCGGAAAAUUAUCCCCACUUUGCCCUCGGACAAACUCAGCAAAAUACAGACCCUAAAACUUGCAGCCAGAUACAUCGACUUCCUCUACCAGGUGCUUCAGAGCGACGAGCUGGACGCCAAAAUGGCAAGUUGUAGUUAUGUGGCUCAUGAGAGGCUGAGCUACGCCUUCUCAGUGUGGAGGAUGGAGGGCGCUUGGUCCAUGUCAACAUCUCACUAGUAUCUGGAGAAAUUAUGCCCUAAAUGGUGACUGCUGAAUCUUCUGAUCACAUUCUGACGGGACACAUCUGGAGUCCAAUGCUGGAUACAUGGGAUCACUCUAUUUAAACCAAAGACGACAGAAACUUUGUGGGAUCAUUUUUGCCAAGGCCCGACAUGGACUUGCAGCCGUGCCUUAGCUCCAUACACUCCCAUUCUAAUGCGUUUUCACGUUGUUGACGACGAAUGUUGAAAAUAUCCUGUUUUUGUAGGAAAAGGCGUUUAUAAUGAACGUCUUUGGGCUUGUUUCUGUGGAGGUCAUAGUGCAUUAUUGAAGCAGUUGUGAGUCUGUCAACUGGUGGUGUAGCUCACAUUAUAGGCUGACUGUGUGGAUCUAACCUGUGCAAAACAUAUUUUCAGAAUACAUUUAUUUAUUUAUUGGUGAAACGUGGUACUUUGAGGAAUUGAUAUUGUGUCUGAAGUACAAAAUGCAUUCCUAUUUUUUACUAUCGUUUGUUGUAAAUGUUUGUUGUAAAUGUUUGUAUAUUUUUUUGCAUUAAAGAAAAUGACAAUCAAA